ACCACCGGCGGGAUCCGGGCCACGCUGACGCCCACGGUCCUCGCCCCCCGCCUGCCGCAGCCGCCUCAGAACCCGACCAACAUCCAGAACUUCCAGCUGCCCCCAGGUAUGGUCCUCGUGCGGAGCGAGAACGGGCAGUUGUUAAUGAUUCCUCAGCAGGCCUUGGCCCAGAUGCAGGCCCAGGCUCACGUGCAGACCCAGCCUCAGACCACCAUGGCGCCCCGCCCUGCAACCCCCACAAGUGCCCCUCCUGUCCAGAUCUCUACCGUACAGGCACCUGGGACCCCUAUUAUUGCACGGCAGGUGACCCCAACGACCAUAAUCAAGCAAGUGUCUCAGGCCCAGACGACGGUGCAGCCCACCACGGCGCUGCAGCGCUCACCCGGAGUGCAGCCUCAGCUGGUUCUGGGUGGCGCUGCCCAGACAACUUCCCUCGGGACGGCGACGGCUGUUCAGACGGGGACACCUCAGCGAACGGUCCCAGGGGCCACUACCACCUCCACAGCUGCCACGGAAACCAUGGAAAACGUGAAGAAGUGUAAAAAUUUCCUGUCUACGUUAAUAAAGCUGGCUUCAUCCGGUAAACAGUCCACAGAGACAGCUGCUAACGUGAAAGAACUAGUACAGAGCCUACUGGAUGGAAAAAUCGAAGCAGAAGAUUUCACUAGUAGAUUAUACCGAGAACUUAAUUCUUCACCUCAACCUUACCUUGUGCCUUUCCUGAAGAGGAGCUUGCCCGCCUUGAGACAGCUGACCCCCGACUCCGCAGCCUUCAUCCAGCAGAGCCAGCAGCAGCCGCCGCCCGCCUCGCAGGCCACCACCGCGCUCACGGCCGUGGUGCUGAGCAGCUCCGUCCAGCGCACGGCCGGGAAGACGGCGGCCACCGUGAGCAGCGCUCUCCAGCCCCCUGUCAUCAGCCUCACGCAGCCCACACAGGUUGGCGUUGGCAAGCAGGGGCAGCCCACGCCGCUGGUGAUCCAGCAGCCGCCCAAGCCCGGAGCGCUGAUCCGCCCGCCCCAGGUGACGCUGACGCAGACACCCAUGGUCGCUCUCCGGCAGCCUCACAGCCGCAUCGUGCUCACUGCACCCCAGCAGAUCCAGCUGAACCAGCUGCAGCCAGUCCCCGUGGUGAAGCCCGCCGUGCUCCCUGGAACCAAAGCCCUCUCUGCCGUCUCGGCUCAAGCAGCUGCUGCGCAGAAAAACAAACUCAAGGAGCCCGGGGGAGGCUCGUUUCGGGAUGACGAUGACAUCAAUGAUGUGGCCUCGAUGGCGGGAGUAAACCUGUCGGAAGAAAGUGCACGAAUAUUAGCCACGAACUCUGAAUUAGUGGGCACCCUGACACGGUCCUGUAAGGACGAAACCUUCCUCUUACCAGCGCCUUUACAAAGAAGAAUCUUAGAAAUAGGUAAAAAACACGGCAUCACGGAGUUGCAUCCAGACGUAGUGAGUUAUGUAUCCCACGCCACCCAGCAGAGGCUACAGAACCUUGUAGAAAAAAUAUCAGAAACGGCUCAGCAGAAGAACUUCUCUUACAAGGAUGAUGACAGAUACGAGCAGGCAAGUGACGUCCGGGCUCAGCUCAAAUUUUUUGAGCAGCUCGACCAAAUUGAAAAACAGAGGAAAGAUGAGCAGGAGAGAGAAAUCCUUAUGCGAGCGGCCAAGUCUCGAUCCAGACAAGAAGAUCCAGAACAAUUAAGGUUGAAACAGAAGGCAAAAGAGAUGCAGCAACAAGAGCUGGCUCAGAUGCGGCAGCGUGACGCCAACCUCACCGCCCUCGCCGCCAUCGGGCCCAGGAAGAAGCGGAAAGUGGACUCCCCAGGACCGGGCUCGGGGACAGAGGGGUCGGGCCCAGGCUCGGCGGUCCCAGGCAGCUCCGGUGUUGGAACCCCCAGACAGUUCACGCGACAAAGGAUCACGCGGGUCAACCUCAGGGACCUCAUAUUUUGUUUAGAGAAUGAGCGUGAGACAAGCCAUUCACUGCUGCUCUACAAAGCAUUCCUUAAGUAGCACAGGGCGGGCGCGGCAGCGCGGAGGGAGACGCCUGGGACGUUUUUAUAUAUUUGCAGAUGACGCCUUUUGUAACAAGCAAAUGGGAUAUUGUUUAAAAAACAGCCACCUCUUUACAAUGGAACAGUUUUUUAUUCCUGUUUCUAAGUCAACUCUUCAGUAUGGAAGAAAACACGUUUCUGUAACAGAGAACACAGAGGCCCGUGGGCACUCUGAACGGACAGUUAACUCUUAACUCAUCUUUGAUUGAGUGGCCUUCUUGCCAAACAAGCCAUAUAUAAAAACUGAUGGAAUCGUUUAGCAAAUAAUUAGCUGCCCUCUGUCACCUCGUAGCGGUUUCUACAUUAUUUGUGCAUUUUGGUUUAUUCAACCCAACUUACUGCGUAGGUGUGUGUCUACAGCGAUGACCUCAUUUCAUUUAUUUUAUUUUUGUAUUAGUCAGUUGGCAAAGCAAACUGAUUUUUUAGACUAUUUAUGUCCCCGUCCCCUCCCGCGCCAGAGUCCCCAAGGAGCACGGAGCUCACCGCGCGCUCGCCCGGAGUGUGGUCACCUUUCUGCUCAGGAGAGGCUACGCGGCGGCUCCUCCCGAACGUGUGCUUGGCAUCUGUACGGACGCGUUUUAUUUGCUAGAGUUUGUAAAGCUGUAAAGUUAAAAGAAAUGAAAACCUUUUCAGCAUAAAUAUAUUUUACUUGCACUGUGUUUUUUAGCUAAAAGUGGAAACUUAGAUGAAAUAAAAAUCAAAGUUGAGAAGAAUCAUCAAAAGACUGUUUCUCAGUGUGAAUCAAGUGUUGAAAAAUGGUUGGUGUAUUUUGUCAGUAAUUGUACAUAAUUUUUGGCACAUAACAUGAAAAUGGCUAUGUAAACUAUAAUUAUUUUGCUAAGAGACUGUAAGCAAGCUGUGGGCCAACUUUACAGAUGUCCAGAGCAAAGCCCCUUCUUUGUACCUAUUUUUUUAUUACAAAUAUACUAAUUGGUUCUUUAUAUUUUCAGAGGUUAUUGUAUUAAAUUGUCUAUUGAUAGUACUUUUAUGACUGUAAAUACUUUGGCUUUUUCCGUGUGAAUCCUCACGUCAGACUUUACUUCGCGCGAGUGUGAACCGAAUGCUGAUCAGUAUUUUUAUCAAUACCUGAAAACUGUUACACCUUUUAUUUUGUCUUUUAGGAAAUCCCUGUCUUUCCAUUUUUUCAUGUAAAUUUUGCACAGUUACUUGUUCAUAUGUAAAUAUUUUACUUUCAAAAAUGAAGUUUUUAAUUGCUAUUGUUUUAUAUAGGAUUGAAAGAAAAUUAACUCCUUUAUUAAAAACAAAUUUAUCUGUA